GCUCUUAGGAAUAUGUGCGACUGUUAAGAACGGUUAAGCGACUAGUUACAGGCCGGUUCCCGUUGUGCAAAAGAAAAGCAAUAUUAUUUAGUUUCAUUUAGGAUAGCGUGUGUAAGUGGCUGUGUCGUAUUGUAGUAGUUCCCUGAAAGUGAAGAUUGAGAAUACGAGGAGCCCGAUAAUCAAUAGCAUCUUGCAGUAAUGGUUUUCCUGUCUUGUCCCCACAGUAGUGUGUUCUGUAGUACAAAAUUAAUGUCAGAUAAUCAUAAUAAAAUUCUCUUUGUUUUUAUGUCAGUUUGUAUUAAUUCCGUAUUCUUAGGGUCUCUGUAUUGUCCCGUGUUUUCCCUUUUUUAAUGACAAAUGUGUGUACCUACCGCAAUCUCCAGGUUAGUUAUUUGUCGCUUACCUAUUAACAUUAAGCCGAGAAAACGGAAAGACGUCUACAACUAAAAAACCAUUUAUCACUAUUCGCCGUGGAGGCCUCCAGGAUGCUGUCAUUUCGACAGGGCCUCUUUACCCUGGGAAGCCUGUGCGUAUCCACAGCGGUAGUGGGAAAUGCUUAUCUACAAAAAAGGCAGUUUUAUCCAUCCGUGGUUUUUCUCACAAAGUCAAACCCAUGUAUGGCAGUAAUCUACGUUCAAGCUGCCGUCAUCGUAUGGUUGAUGGCCAAAGCUAUGGGUAAGCUGUUUUUCGGACAGCUUCGCCCAGCCGAGAUCGAGCAUCUCCUCGAGAGGUCGUGGUACGCUAUAACAGAAACAUGUUUAGCUUUUACAGUAUUCCGGGAUGAUUUCUCACCAAAAUUUAUAGCCCUUUUUGUACUGCUUCUCGUCCUAAAGGGUUUUCACUGGUUAGCCGAGGACCGAGUCGACUUCAUGGAGCGAAGCCCAAAUAUUUCUUUGUUGUUCCACAUUCGUGUAUUGAGUUUGUUAGCGUUGCUUAGUGUGUUGGAUUAUGCGUUUGUUCGUCACGCCUACUUUAGCGUCGCGACCGCUGGAGCGUCGGUGCAGGUGGUCUUCGGCUUCGAGUAUGCAAUCCUUCUUUCCUCUGUUUGGUAUAUCCUAAUAAAAUACGUUUUACACUCGAUCGAUUCUCGUGCUGAGACUCAGUGGGAGAAUAAGGCCGUGCUCCUUCUUUAUACUGAACUCAUGAUGAGCUCAUCCAAGGUAUUGCUUUACGCUACAUUUAUGCUUGUCAUGCUGCGUAUCCACACUUUCCCGUUGUUUGCUAUUCGGCCGAUGUAUCUUUCGAUACGAGCGUUGAAAAGGGCCUUCAAGGACGUCGUUCUAUCACGUCAGGCGAUCAAUAAUAUGAAUACAUUGUAUCCGGAUGCCACGGCUGAGGAACUGGCGUCGGCUGAUAAUGUGUGCAUCAUCUGCCGAGAAGAAAUGCAAGUUGCUGGAGCAGGAGGCGGUGUGGGCGCCAACAAGAAGUUGCCUUGUAAUCAUAUUUUUCAUGCAGCGUGCUUACGUAGUUGGUUUCAAAGGCAACAGACUUGCCCGACAUGUAGAAGCGACGUGCUGAAUAUUAGUGGCAGAGGUACGUUAACACCUGGCGCGAAUCACGGUGGUGGGGCAGCAGCGGCUGGUGCAGUCGCUGCAGGUCAACGCGGCGGAGCAAAUCUUCCACCUGGUGCCCAAAUUAUCCCGCCCUUCCAAAUGCCCAAUAUGCAAGCCCUGUUUGCAAACUGGCCCAACCUUCACCACCCGCCGAAUGCCAACAAUAUUCCUGCCGCCCAACAACCGCAACCAGCAAAUAAUAACAACAACGACAACAACAACGCCCGGCCUGCUGGCCCUGGAGCACCUUCAUCUUCUGGACUCAACAAUGCCGGUACAAAUCAAACUGGGGGCCAAGGCGCAAACGGCGCUUCCGGAGGCGCUGCUGGGGCCGCAACACCAACUGCGUCGACAAUAAUUCCACCUCCACCUCCGUUUACGCUUCUACCCGCGUUGUUUCUUCCACCACCACCACCAAUUAUUCCGGGUGGGCUCAACCUCGGCACGUUAUCGGAAGGCGAACUUCGCGCGAUGGAAGGCAAUGAGCGGCUUGCCGUUGAGGCUCGAAUUCAGCAUCUUCGCAAUAUUCAAAUUCUACUCGAUGCUGCUGUUACGAUGAUGGCACAAUACAACAAUGCAACCACUGUUGCGUCGGCAAUUCCACAGCCUGCAACAACAGCCGCGCAGCAAGCGUCGGCAUCUGGCACGCAACCAGCCAGCGCUACAAAUGCAAACGCUGUACCAAAACAGCAGCAGUCGGCACAGGCUGGCUCUCCGGCGGGACCCACUAAUGCUACGCAGUCAACAAAGUCUUCGACGUCGACCAGUAACACGAUGACGCGGUUUCCUCAUGUGGAUACAUCGCCAACACGAAUGCCAGAUGCCGCCAGUCCCUCAUCGUGUAGUGCAGCCUCUGCAAGCACAAUUGACGCUAUCGAACUUCGGAGGCGACGAGUCGAAAAGUUGGCGGGACCAAUUACAGCAGCAGUGACAACAGCAACAGCUGCGGCCAGUUCGAACGGCUCGGCCAUAAAUUCCGAUCCAGGAUCAGUGGGGUUAUCUCAAGGGGGCUCGAGUUGAGAGGUCUAAAAGGAUGGCAGUGAUUGUUAAUAAUGCUAAAAAAGAAAUAAUAAGAUUUAAAAUAUUAAUAAGCAUGGACAUAAAGAAAACGUACAUUGCUGAUGAUCAUGAUGACGCUAUAAAAGUUAGCAUUGCAUAAGAGGAAUGCCGCGUGCGAUAUCAUAGGGAACAGAGUGGAGAAAUAUUAUUAGGUACAGACGGAGAAUAAUAAGCAAGCCGCAAGAAGAAGCCGAGAUGAGGGGCGAACUAAGACAGUGAUACGCUUUGUAAGGAAGAAAAUAACUUAUAAUAAAGAGAGAAGCGAAGAUUAUAUAAUAACCACGAUCGAUGGCUAAAAUCGCA